AUGCCCUCCAAAACCCCCACCCCGCGCGACUUCCCGUCCCAGCUCACCGUGACCGUCACGCCCGCCGCAGCCUCAGCCUCAGCUCCAGCCCCAAAUAUUCUCCUUCUCCUACAUGGCCUCGGCGACUCAGCGGCGGCCUUUACCAAAUUCGGUCAAGCCAUAAGUCUACCAGAGACAACUGUGGUCACAGUCCAAGGCACUGCCCCGCUCCCUUUUGACCUGGGCGGUUUCCACUGGGGCGAUGAUGUGUCUUUCGACUCCGCGACCGGCGCAAUAGAUAUGGACGCCGGCCUCACUCGUGCUACAAAGACAUUGGUAACAGAUGUCGUGCGUGGCACCCUCGUCCGCAAGUGCGGCUACGCACUACGAGAAAUCAUGAUCCUAGGCUUCGGACAAGGAGGCAUGGCCGGGCUAGCUGUGGCACGAGAGCUGGGACUAAAAUCCAAUGAGGGUCAUGAAGCUGGUGCGCUGUCCGGAGUAAUCUCCAUCGGGGCACCAUAUCCCCUGUCUGGGUCACGAACUGGAGACAAGAACCGAUCACCUGUGCUGCUUGUUUCCGGGCGGGACUCAGUUGCAGUCUCUGACGAGGCAGUCCGUAGGACAAAACAGGUGUUUGAAUUUGUGGAGGUGAGCCGAUAUGCGAGAAAGGGCGACGGAAUGCCGUCGAGUCGGGAGGAGAUGCUGCCUGUCAUGCAAUUCUUCGCCCGUAGAUUGCGGAGUAGACAAGGUGUUCCUGAAGGAAGUGUCGAGAUUGGCUAA